UUUUUGCGCGCCCUAAUUUCCCUAUUUCCAAUUUCUUUUGCGCGCCCUAAUUUCCUAAUUUGUCUCUAUUAACCCUUUUUCGUUUUCAUUUCUCUGUUUCUGAUUCUUGCUCACUCCUGUCAUUCGGAUUCUCAUCAGCUUUCUCAAGUAAUUUUCUAUCAACACUCGCUGGAGUUUACUGUGAAAGACUUGGUUUCUCUGGUCCAAUUUUUUCUUGGGAUAUUUUUUACGUUCGAGCAGCAGUUGCCAGUGCUUCUGAUCAGAGAAAUAUAAUCAAUUUUUCUCAUCAUAUCCAUCUGCCAUAAGCAAAAAUGUCGAGAUUUGAUUAUCCGACGAUGCCUCGCCACGAUAUCAUAGCAGUACUGGCGGAAUUUCAAAUCGCCAACAUCUCCGAGUCAGAUCUUCUACAUCCUGACCCGGAUUUCAUCUGCAACCUCUACACUCACAUUCUCCUGCACGUUGACUCUCUCCAGGAAGACAAUGGGCAAAUGGAUUUUGGAGCGCUGGAGCAUCUGGAGAACCCUGACCACCACGUGCACUCAGUUCAAGUUAUGAAUUUGUACAAUAAGGUCCGAGAGUUGUUGGCCGCUGUGGACUGCCCCAAGGCCUUCACGCCCAAGGACCUGAUAAAGCCUGAGACAGAUCGCACAGAGCUCUUCCUCGGUGCGCUACUCAAUUUUUGCAUACACAGAGAGACAAAAUUGGAGCUUCUGAGACCGGUUGUGGAAGAACUUACCAAUUUUGAGGAGAGAAGACUUGCUGCAGAAGCUAGAACCAAUCAGUUGAAUGCGGAGAUUGCAGAGUGUGAGGAAUCAAGAGAAAGGGAGUUGCCACUUGUUCAAGAAGUCAAUUCUAAAGUCACUGAACUCCGCCAGACUAUUUCAGGUCUUAAUAAUCACCAAAUGUCUUUGAAGACUUCUAUAAAACAAUUGAAGGAGAAGACCAAAGAAAUGGAUGAGAAGAUCUCCAAUGCUGAAUUUUCUUUAGUGCAAAGCGUCCAAGAAAAUGCAAAUUUACGUUCAAAAAUUGUUCAAUCACCGGACAAACUUCAGGUACAAGUAUUUAUCAUCAGUGUAUAUUGUUGGCUGACCCUGUGUUAGUUCUAUAGCGUGCUCCUAGUAAAUGCCAUGAAAUGUUGAUCAGAGAUUCAAAAUUUAGUUGUUAAGCUAGAUUUUGCAACCUAAAUUAUUUACUAGGAGAAAUGUUCUAAUGCAACAGUUUUACUGCUUAGCUGAAAUCAGAAGUUUGGGUGGCAUUUGGUGAUGUCUGUACAACAUUUGUCUUCAAUAUAUAUUUAAUGUGCUACCAGUCAUGAUUGGGAGAAUGUAUGCUUAAACUUCUGGUGAUGCUACUUAAAUUGUUGUUUCUGAUUUCAUUCCAUUGUUUUUGACCUUGAGACUGAGGUAUAUUUUUGUAUACAAGUUUCUCUCCAAUUCGGCCAUUCAACUAUAGUCAGACGAAAUUUUAAGU